AUGGUGCUGGGAAAGUGCCGGAUGGAAUGCAAGACAGGAUGCGAGAUUGCAAAAAAAUACCAAGGUGUACCAUUAGCUGCAAGUGUACCCGGCAGCAUAUUGCGCAACAAGGGAAGUGAUGAAAGGCUUUCAAUUUUGGAGACUGGCCUUCAAAAUUUAGGUGGAGAUGAAAAGUUGAGUGUUCAUCAUCUUCCAUCUCCAUCGCUGAAAAACUGCUUUGCGUAUUGUUCAAUUUUUCCCAAAGACAUUGAAAUAAAUAGGAGUCAGCUACUUCUAACUUUGGGCAGCAGAAAGAUUUCUUCAUUCAAAUCCAAGAAACAACAUGGAGAUGGAGGAAUGCAUGAUCUUGUGUAUGAUUUGGCAUUAUCCAUCUUCAAUUAUAAACCCUUAAGGUUGAAAGGAACUAGAACGUAUUACGACGAGACCCUUUCUACUCGGUAUCUUGCAACGGAGAAAAGUGACGAAGAAAUACCAUUUCCUUUGCAUGAGAGUUUCAGGAAAGAUGCAAUCCAGAGAGCAGCUGCAGCAGCAACGACCCCAAUUCUGAGUGGUCCAAGAUCUCCCAUAUUCCUGAAAUCACUAGCAAAUUGA